CAAAUACAUUAGAUAUCAAUAUCAAAUGUAUUUACAAUUAAAACAAAUUCCCGGACCAAAUUCAUCAAUAUUAUUCAAUAAAGAUUUUCAUAAAAUUUUAACAUCCAAACAUCCAUUUGAUGAUCUUUAUCAUCUAAUCAAUCGUAUGUCGGAUGAAUACGGUCAGGAUGGAUUGUUUUGUUUAUUGCGUAUACCAUUAUCAUAUUUAAUUGUAACAGAUUUUUCGAUUGCACAAAAACUAUUAAACAAUGAUGAUUUUCUAAAUAAAUCAUUUGAAUAUCGUUAUUUUAAUCAUUUUAUUCUUGAUAAUUUGUUUACCUGUAAUCGGCGAACAUUACGACAAAAUAAACGACUAUUAUUACCAUAUUUUCGUAUACAAACAUUGAAUAAUUUUUUAGAAAAUUCUAAGAAAAUUCUAAAAUUAUUGAAUGAAAAUAUUGAUAAUUGUAUUGAUAAUAAUGAUGGUCAUUAUCCGGAUGCUGGACAAAUUACCGAUAGUUUUAUUGUCGAUACGAUUGGAGAAAAUUUUUUCAAUACCGAAUUCAACACAAUACGUUCGGGUUUUAAAAUGACCGAUUGGUUAGAAAUAGUCGGUGAAUUUAUUCAUACAGGAAUUAAUUUCACGUUUCAUCCGUUAACCUAUUUUCAAUAUUAUGAAUCUUUGUUUUAUUUUUCGAAAAAACUUUCUCAAUUAUAUCAACGAUUCGAAAAUGGUAUCGGUCAGAUUAUUACUAAUCGUAUCGAAGCAAUCAUUAAUGAUAAUCAAAAAGAGGAUUGUAAUGAACAAUCAGCCAAUAAUGAUGAUACAAUGUUAGAUCAAAUGAUACGAUCAAGAAUUAUUGAUGGAAAUAUAACGAAAAUUCAGGAAAUUCGUGCACAAGUUAAUCUAAUUUUUUUAGCCGGUUAUGAUACAACAAGAACAUCAUUAUCAUGGUGUUUAUAUUUACUUGGACAUCAUCAAUCCAUUCAACAACGUUUAUAUGAUGAAAUUCAACAAUUCUAUGACAGAUUAAAUUCGAAUAAUGAAGAAAUUACCAUAUCAAAUAUGAAACAAUUAAAAUAUCUUGAUUGUUGUAUAUAUGAAACAUUACGUCUUUAUAAUCCAGCUAGUUUGAUUGGACGUAGUACUUGUCGAUCAAUACAAUUAUCAAAUGGCUGGCAUAUACCGAAAGGUGUUAAUAUUAUAUUUCUUUUUCGACGUAUUAAUCGUGAUCCGAAAUAUUUUCAACAACCAGAAAUUUUUAAUCCAGAAAGAUUUCUAAUGAAUAGCGAUGAUGAUCGAAAAGAAAUCACUAUCAAUCGUAAACAUUUAGCAUUUUUUCCAUUUAGUAGUGGUAUUCGUUCUUGUAUUGGUAAAGAAUAUGCAAUGAUGCAAAUGCGAUUAUUUCUUAUCAAUAUUAUUGGCCGAUAUAAAAUUCAAUCAUUAGAUCAAUAUGGUGAUGCAUUUCAACCAUUAGAAUUAUUUCAUCCGGGUGCACAAUUUCCCAUACAAUUUCAACGACGAUGAUGAAAAACUUGAAUUUUUUUUACUUUUUCUAUAAUAAUCGGUUAUAAAUACGGUGAUUAUUUGACAUUAAUAUACUUAAUUGAAACGUGAAUGAUUGUGUUAAAAUAAUUAAAAGUAUUUAAAGGUUCAAUACACUUCGUUUUGAGUUUUAAUUUUAAAUGAUUUGUAAUUUUUUCCUUCUCCCCCUUUCUAAUUUGUUUUUCUCUCUUAUAAUGUUUUCCU